GUUCUCUCUCUCUCUCUCUCUCUCUCUCUCUCUGCUCGUCUCCGCACUGUUUCUCUGUCUCUCACUCUCCAUCUUCCCCUCAUCUUUGCGAGUGCGAGCCAAGCUAGUUCAGUAGCAGAUCCUAAUGCGUCACGUAACAAACCCUAAAUUGUCUUUCUUUCUCUAUCUAUAUCUAUCAGUUGAACAUUAAGGUAGAGAAGGUUGGGAUUACUUCAUCGUGUCGGCACUGCUGCCAGUAAGAGAGGCCAUGUGAGCUGCUUGAUCAGAUUUGUGAUUGUAAAUUCUUCAUUUUCGAUCUUGUUGAUUGUUCUCUCAGUUCCAAGAUGGGUAAAUGCCAAGGCUGUGGGAAAUUGGGGAGGAUGGUACCAUGGGACGUGUCUGUGAAUGCUUACCGUUUCACUCUUCUUCUGUCUCCUGUAGUUUCUGUCUGGGAGUGCAUCGUCCGUAAGAUGAGAUAUUCAUUUAGACCUGAGUGGGUGUAGGUUGGGCUUGUUGUUCUUACAUGGUAUUCUCCUUACCUUAAAACUUACAUAUAAAUUAGUUUUUUUUUUUGGUCUGAAAAUUUGUUAUAAGGAAAUGUACACUUCUAGCUGAGUUCUUUAGAAGAGAAGUAGAGGAGACAGGAUUAAUUGGUUACAGAGAUUUGUAGUGUUCAUGGAAGAUAUGGCAUGUGCUCAAGCUCCACCUACUGUUAGGAAGGAAAAAAAGAAGCAGGGAAAAGAUGAACUGGAUCGACAAAAACAGGCUGAGAAGAAAAGGAGGCGCUUGGAGAAAGCGCUGGCUACUUCUGCUGCCAUCCGGUCUGAGCUAGAGAAGAAGAAACAGAAAAAGAUAGAAGAACAGCAGCGCCUUGAUGAAGAGGGAGCUGCAAUAGCUGAGGCAGUUGCUCUGCAUGUCCUUAUAGGCGAAGACUCGGAAGAUUCAUGUAAAAUCAGGCUGAAAAAGGAUGAACGAUUCAAUCGUCGGGAUCAUGCAUCCAAUAUUGGGCUAUUCUUGGGUGGACGGAAGACAUGCCUUUCUCAUCAGGGCAUUUCAAAGCAUUGUCUUGGAGGAUUAGGGUGGGUGCCUGAUGCAUAUGGGCCUGGUUGCAGGUGGAGUGAGUGGGGGAUUGGUGGCUGGUCAUUGUCACCCAGAGUUUUUAGUAGAGAUCUUCAUGCAUCAUAUUUUGGUGAGAUGGGGCAAGGAACAACUGAAAUGUCAGCUGGGAUAAUCGCGGCACAAGCAGUUUCAUCGCUUCAAAUUGCAGAAGAUGCAUGCUCAGAUGCAAUUGUCAUAAACGGAAUGCUCGAAAGUAAGUUUAAGGAGUAUCAGUAAUUAGGUCCUAUCUCUAUAAAGAGGGUUUGAUCGUGGUUUCCAAUAAUGACUUGUAUAUAGUAUGGUGAAUGUAUCGUUGUUUGUUCGACGCAGAUCUUACUUCCUCUAUAUUGAACAUCGUUUUGGUGUUUGGUUUUUGAGUAUUACAUAUUGUUGUUUCAGACUCUCCAUCCUUUUUUUGUUUUUUUUUGUAGAAUGAGUCCGAUAACAUUGUGUAUUGCCGUAUAUUUUAGUUUUUCAGUGGUAUGAUGGAUGAUAAGUAGCACUUCUCCA